GGUCUAUAUUCUGAACUCUGGGUUUGUUAAAGUUUGGAUCCGUCUGUUUUCUGGACUGGGGGUUUGCUAAAGUUGAUGGUUCCGUCUAUUUUCAGAAAUCUGAGUCUGUUAAAAUCUGGUGCAAUCUAUUUUCUAAACUCUGAAGCUAUUAACUUUGAUGGUUCCGUCUGUUUUCUGGAUUGUGGGUUUGUUAAAGUCUGGCUCCGUCUUUUUUCUGGACUGUGGGUCUAUUAAAGUCUGGCUCCGUCUAUAUUCUGGACUGUGGGCCUGUUAAAGUUGAUGAUUCCGUCUAUUUCCUGGACUAAGAGUCCGUGUCUCCGCCCGUGGACCCCCAUCUGAGUCCCGGUCUUCAGGUCCCUGGUCUGGGCCCGCCUCCAUCCUCUGUCGUCACAGUGACAUGAUCCGGUUUCCUCUCAUCCGGCUCAAGGGACCGGGUCUGGGCUUUAAAAGGACGGACCCUGGGACCGGGUCCACACUGAGCAGAGUCCGCAGAGGUGGGACCUGGACCGGGUUCAGGACAUGGUUCUGCUGAGCUCCCUUUACUGAAGCUCUGACCCUGUUGGAAAAGUGGUCUGGCGGAUCCGGUUCGUGGACCUUCAGACCCAUCAUGACCAUCUGGUGCCAGUCCUGCAGGAGCCUCGUGAACGCGCCGUGCGCGUCACACCGUCUGGACGCGGAUCCGCAGCGCGCAUUCAGCCGGAGGUUCAGAUCCACCAAAGGAGCCUCCAAGGCCCGGCGGGACCACAUCAACCACGAGAUCCGGAACAUGCGAGCCCUGCUGCCCGUCGGCCAGGACGACCAGGAGCGUCUGUCCUACCUGCAUGCCAUGGCCGCCAUCUGCACGUACGUCCGCAAGACGGUCCUGCUCCAGGGCGUCCGGUCUGAAGCCCCGCCCCUCUGCCCACCGCCGCUGCCGUACGAGGCCUUCCUCCCAGCCCUUCACGGCUUCAUCCUGGUCACAACGUCCUGUGGGAAACUGGUGUACGUGUCUGAGAACGUGGUGGAGUACCUGGGUCUGUCCAUGGUCGACGUUCUUCAAGGAGACACUUUGUACGACAUGGUGGAACGAUCAGACGUGGACGUGGUCAAGUCCAACUUAGACGCUGGCGAGGACUCGUCCUCAGAUCGGAGUUUUAUCUGUCGAAUGCAGACCUCCAAGGCCUUCAGGCUCCAGAACGGCGCCUCCUGCUCCAUGUUGGUCACAGGAAGCUUCCGGUCUUUCCCUGACCUGUGUCCCGCCUCCACCUCCGCUACCAGCGCCACCCACCGUCUGUUCGUGGCCAUGUGCACACCCACAGCGAACCCCCGGACCGCCGCUGCCGCUGCCGCUGACCCCUCCCACGCCUUCAGUAGCGUCCACGGUCCAGACAUGACCUUCACCCAGGUGUCGGACAGUGUUCUGUUUUUUCUGGGAUACUCGGCUGAAGACCUGAGCGGACGGUCGUGGUACAGCCUCGUUCACCCGGAGGAUCUGCCCGUGAGCGCCGACGCUCAUAGGAGUUUAUUGCAGGCAGACCAGGACCUCCAGGUACAGAUGGUGCUUCGGCUUCAGUGUAAAGACCUGUCGUGGUGUUGGAUCUACACUGUGGCCAAUAAAGAUGACCACGCCCACAGCUUCAGCUGCACCAACGUCAUCAUCAGUGAAACCGAGGCCAGAUUUCUGAAGGAGAAACUCAGCAGCGCCACCUUCAGACCGUCAUCCCUGGUAAGCUCCUCCCACCUUGCGUCCCAGACCUCGAGUGGGAACGCCAAAGGCCUGAAGAGGCGGCGGACAUCCUGCAGCAGAAGCGACGAGUCCAGAAAGCAAAGGGAGUCAGAGCACGAUGUGUUGUUUGCAGCGUGUUCCCAAAGCGACGGCUCACCUGUUUCCGGGGAUGACGGCUGUGCGUUCACGCCACCGUACACGCCGCCGUCCUCGUACACGCCGCCAUCCUCCUGCUCCCCCCCGCAGAAGGAGGAGCUCAGCCCUGACCUCCUGAUGGACGUGCACAGAUACGCCGACCAGCUCAGCCGUCACAACCCCCCUGAACCAACCUUCCACCACGGAGGCUUCAGCCCCCCUGGCCCCGCCCCUGACUCCGCCCCCUCGUCUCCCACCUUCGACUUCCCGUCUUGUCCGUCUGACGCUCGGUUGGUUCCAGAUUGUCUGUCGGUGUCGGACACCUGUGAGAACCUGGUGGACUGCGCCCUCCAUCAGGACGACUUCAGCCUCCUGGAGCAGCAGCCACAGCCACAGGGGGGCGCCCUCGUCCCUGUCCACACCGGCCACGCCGUCCAUGCCAUCCACGCCGGCAUGCUCACCCCCACCCACCCACCCCCCUCCCAGUACAGCGACAUUGAACAGGCACAGAUCAGUAUCCUGGCUCAGCAGAUCUCGUCGUUGGCGAGCAGCUUCGACAUGUUCCACACCCUGAACCCGAGUCCAGCCCCGUGGACCUGGUCCCAUCAGCCCCUCCCUCCUCCCCCUCCCCCUCCUCUCACCUCCAUCCCUGCUUUAAAGCGGGAGCUGGACCUCGAUGACAGUGUAUUCAACAGCAUCCUGGACGACCUAGACCUGGUCUCGAGAAAAACCAGCGGAAUCUGUCCCUUCGGAUGUGAGCCGGACCUGGACUGCAUUAGAGGAGGGUCUCCGGAGUCCCUCAGGGAGGACUCAUCGGACCACUUCACUUCAGCUGUGGAUCAGAACACUGGGUUGCAUCAACUCCAGUUCCUCCACAGCGAUGGACUCGCUGAACAAAACCUGUACUGAAAUAAGUCUGUGACUUACUCCACCAGCCCCUGUAUGACAUAUUGUCAAGACGAUCCUUGGUUGGAUUCAAAGCGUGUUUGCAAAGAUGUUUAGAGGACGUGUCGGCGGAGGCGGUUUUCCCCCAAAUGACUGGUCUGUGAAUGUUGAAUCUAAACUAGAUUCUUCCCAGAACCAGAGCUUUGUCUUCAUUCCACACGACUGCUGUCAUCUCUGUUUAUGCUGAUGUCUUAGACUUUUCACACAGGGUACUUUGUAAAAACCACUGCUCUGACUUCACUUACACACUGAAGAGGAAGUCUAUUUUUCUUGUUCUACAGUUUUACUAUUGAGCACUUUAUCAAUGUCAAUGCAACACACGUUCUAUAAUGAAGGAAAAGGAUGAGCUGGAGCCGAAAAACCAACGUCCACUGUGUUCAACGUGCCUUAAAAUGUUCCACAGGUGGAGAACAGAAGUAUGGGGUGAGGAAACUGUCUAAAUAUUCAUGUGCACAAGACAGAUAUGUGUGCAUAUUAGUCUGCAGUUGUGCAACAA